GGCGUCGAUGUGGGAGCGCUCGACGGCGGCGACGAGGGCGACCCGCUCGGAGUCGCGCUCGGCACCGACGUCGGCGUCGAAGUCGGCGCGUUCGAGGGCGUGACGGUCGGUACGGAGCUGGGAAUUGAGGUCGGCGCGUUCGAUGGCGUCGCCGAAGGAGUUCCCGAAGGACAAGCUGUGGGCGCAGAGCUGGGGACGGCCGAAGGCACUGCCGAGGGCACCGACGAGGGCUUCGAACUCGGAUGGGCCGAAGGCGCGCCGCUAGGACUUGCGCUGGGAGAAAACGAGGGCGAGACCGAAGGACAGGCCGUGGGAGCGUUCGAAGGAACGAGACUGGGCGACGCCGAAGGAGCGGCGGUAGGCACGCUGCUGGGCACUGCAGUGGGCACCUCAGAUGGCAACGUCGAGGGCGUCGCGGUGGGACAACUCGACGGAGAGCUCGACGGAGGAGCCGUGGGCACCGCGGUCGGCACGGUUGAUGGCGACACGCUGGGAAGCCCGGUGGGCACUGAUGAGGGCGCCGAAGAGGGGAGAGGGCUAGGAACCGCACUAGGAACCGGCGAGGGUACAUUUGAAGGUGGUGCCGAAGGCGAUCCGCUCGGAGUGCUCGUAGGCGCGGACGUCGGCGCGGCGGUGGGCACGGCCGAGGGAUGCGAGGAGGGAUUCAUCGAUGGGGUUGCCGACGGCGAGCUACUAGGACCGGCGCUCGGUAGCGACGAUGGCAGGCUGCUAGGAACGCUCGUAGGUGCGCUUGAGGGCCCGUUCGAGGGCAUCGCGGAUGGACAACCAGUCGGGACUGAGCUCGGAACCGCCGUGGGCACAUUGCUGGGACUCGAAGAGGGACACGACGACGGCACCGAAGUAGGCGCGGCGGUCGGCACGCCGCUCGGCAGGGAAGAUGGACUGGCACUAGGCACCGAGCUGGGCACGCUAGAAGGCGGAGACGAUGGACUCGACGACGGAACCGAUGAAGGGACCGAUGUCGGCACCCCGCUCGGAAUCGGCGACGGCAGCACCGUCGACGAGCACCGCGACCUACGAAAAAAAAAAAUGACAAAAAAAUGA